UGGCAGAUCGCUCGUAUCGAUUGUGCUAUUUUUCGAAGCGAAAUUGUGCUUAUUUUAACUAGAAAUACUUCAAUAUUGCGUCGAAACGUGCGCACAAGUAUCCAAGUACGAUGCAGUAUUAAAAUCCAGUGCUGCUCAACUGUUACCGGUGUGAAAAUUGAAGGAACGCUUUCAACAGCGACAAACAGCAUAAGAAGGCUGUGUUAAUUUGGCAAAACACCGCAAAACUCAACGGUACUCUUGGUACAACGGUUGGCUGGAAAACUGGAACAGCAAUUACGCUGAAACACACAUUCUCCGAACGAACGUGCCAAUAAAAUACGCGAUUGCAAAUGUCGCAGAGUGCUCCAAGACGACAUCCUCCCAGUGGAAAUGUCGAGGUUAGCAGCAUGUCGGCAAAGUUUGUUGACACCGAGUGGGAGGCCAGGGAGUCCCAGCGUCAGCGCGAGCUGGAAGAGGCUCGCGCAAGGGCUGCGCAAAUGGAAAAGACGAUGAAGUGGUGGUCCGAUUGUACGGCAAAUUGGCGCGAAAAAUGGAGUAAGGUACGAACCGAACGGAACAAGGCCCGUGAUGAGGCAAAACAACUGCGCAGCAAUCUAGAGGCGGCCAUCAAAGAAUCAAACUCGUACAAGCGGGAAAAAUGCGAGCUGGAAAUGCAAAUUACGCAGCUCAAGAAGGAGAUGGAAAAAGUGCAUACGCUCAUGAUGAAGCAUGCCGGCCGUUUCAACAAAGCAUCCCUAGAUGCAGCGGACGAACCCGAUCGUGAUGGGCGGGGCGAUAACAACUGCUCACCGGACAUAUCUUCCGACGGGUUGAAAAACGUCAACAGUGAGGAUGGUUUGGUGACGAAGCUUCCAAACCUCCCGGACGAUGGUUCCGGGGCGGGUCCUAUGGCCACUAAUGCGAACGCCGAUCUCGACAUCGAAGAGUACAUUCUGCAGGGUGGCGCCAUGCCGAAACAUUCCGUAGAGUUUAAGGACAAGAGCGAACAGAUGGCCGAAGAGCGUCGCCUCAUACAGCAACUCUCCAAGGACGAUUACGACGAGGACUAUCUGUUGCAGAAAAUUACCAUGCUGCAACUGCGCCUGGACGAUGCACAGAAAACGAUCCAGAUCGAGCGGGAGGAGAAAAACACCGUGCACCGCAGUCUGGAAAAGACACGCCAGGACAUGCAGGAAUUGCGCGACAAGUGUGAAGAGUUGCGGGCGGCCAAACAGGAUGCGGUACGCGAGCUACUGACGCUGCAGGAACAGCAUCGUGUGGAGAUGCGCAUCACGCACAACUCGCUACAGGAAGAGGUCGCGGCCAGAGAAACGCUCGAACGACGAUUGUGCGAGUUGCGCACGGAGUUGGAACGACUGCAGGCAGAGAAUGCAGCCGAAUGGGGCAAACGGGAACGGCUCGAAACGGAAAAGCUCAACAUGGAGCGAGAAACCAAAAAGCUGCGCGCCGAAUGUCAAGAUUUGCAGGAGCGGCUCGAACGAAAGGGACGCCCGCUUGUUAACAGUGACGUUGAGCUUCGCUCGCUGCAGCAGGAAUUGCUCGAUAAGAAUAAGGAGCUCAGUGACAUUCGUCACUCGCACAGUAAGAUGAAAAAGAUGCUCUCUGAGGCAAACACCGAGCUGGGACACGCUGUUCGACGAGCGGAGCAGUACGAAACGGAGGUGAAACGGUUGCGUUCACGUGUGGAAGAGCUAAAGCAUGAGUUGGCCUCGGCCGAGGACGAGCUUGAUGCGGCCUGCAAUCACGUGCGCCGGUUGCAGCGCACAAACGAAGAGCUGAGUGGCCAGACUGAAGGAUUGCAGGUGCAGAUACAGCAUCUACAAACGAGUGGUAGUCCCAAGCAGCAGCAACAUCACGACGCCGGCAACUAUAAAGCCACCAACCGAUCAAAUUACACUGCCAAUGUGAGCUACAAACCAAAUAUUAACGAUCUGAAGCAAUUGUUUGACAAUUCUGCUUCACGUCCGUUUACCGAUCGUAACGAUCGUGGGGAUCGUGGUGCUGGUGGAGGUGGUGGCCCAUCCAAAAUGUCCGGUUUGCCAGUGCGUGAGCAACCAGCUUCACUGACGUCCAGCGUCAAUCCACAGCCUCCCUCAUACAUACCGCUCUCAUCCGGGUCGUACUACGAUGCCAAGCCAAGCUACAUCGAUCACGAUGCACCGUCACCGCCGUCGCUCAACAACAACAAGUAUGAAUUCGAACGUGCCAAGCAAAAGUUUGACAACAUCACGCGUGCUGCAGCGGCCGCUAACAGUGCCAGUGGACACAAGUCACGUGGAUCGGGGGGUAAUGGUGUACCAUCGAAACAGCACAACUCUGCCGGAGGCUCAGCUAUACCGAAGCGAAACACAUCCGGCCCUUCGUCAGGUGCAGCGGGUUCUUCAUACUACGAACCGAACGUAUUCCCCGGAAAUGGGGGACCAGGGGAGAUGCGAAACGGCCGCGGAGCACAACAUGCAUCCGGUUGCGAUGAUAUGCCACCGACAAAGAAUCAGAGUCACAUCAACGAAACCAUACAGCUGUUCGAUGUCAGUCCGGGAGCGUACGAUCAAUCGUCGGGUGCAAACACGGGCCUGCCGAGGGGUAUCGGACAACCGAUCAAACCGAUUAACAUUGGCAAGAUGAACGAUGUCAAUCUGGAUGGGUUAAAGGUAUCGGAGGAUGAUGAAACUCCGUAGCUCGCAUGGAUCCACCAGUCUUCUUUCAGCCAACGAAGAUAUUAGCGAUAAUGAAUGAGUGGAGGCACAGACUUGCAACCGCCGUGGACACAACGAUAUACAUCUCUUUCUCAGGCAUGAAUAACAUGGUACAGAAUAUACAUCGUCCCCCUCCCAGUGCUUUGGGCCAUAUGCUCAACCCGUGGGAAGAUACUGUUUAAUGAGCGACAACCCCACUAUUGGUAUCUCAAUUGCUCUCUGAACGGUGCAGAUUGUUGGUGAAGCCGCGCAUACACUCCAUUAGUCGAUGAAGCGAACCGACCGAGGUUCGAUGUGUAACUCGUAAUACUCAGAUAAUAGACUCAGUACUUACGUAGAGUAACGUAAAAGUAUUAUCCAUUCAAAGGUUUGUUCCUGGUCCGUUUGUUUCAUCGUUUUUUUUUUUUCAAUCUUAUGACGAGGAUAUAGUAAACCCUCCAGAUUUUAGUACAACAAGAUAAGAAACAGUCUCCAGAAACACAUAAGUAUUGCAAACAUUCAGUAGAGCAUAAAUCGUUCUCUUAUAAAGUUAAAAAUUUUAAAUUCUUUCGGUACCAAAAAAGCAAUCAAAAUUUCUCCUCUUUACUUCUCGGAUCCGUUACAAUUCUACUGUGAAGUAGGAUAGAAGUGAACAGAGAUUAUUACUAGCAUAGCAUAUCCUGUGUAUUGGAUUUAGAAUGGUUGAAUGCCCGUAUUGCUAUGGAAGAGUGACAGAUUUGGCGUGUUAGAAUUAUAGUUUAUCAUAUUCUUAUAAAUAUAGAUCAUUAAUAUA